AUAAUAAUAUUUCCAAAUUAUUACAUUUACUCAGUCAAUCUUUGAUAUUUUGGUAUAAUAUCCGAUAUUUCCGUGGAUCCUACAGAUUUAAGAUAUCUUCCCAACAUUUUUUUUUGGUAUAAAUAUUAGUGAAGCAAACAAGAAUCCUCUCAUUGCACCAAUCUCUCUAAUGGCAUAUUCUAUCUUUUUGCAGAAAAAUCCAAGUUUCAACAAUGGCGAUCAACGAACCAGAGUUUGCGACAGCCGUGGCGGUGGCGACAAAGAAGAGAACAUUCAAGAAAUUCUCAUUCAGAGGAUUCAACGUGGAGGCUCUUCUCAAGAUGUCAAACUUUGAUCUGGCUAAGCUCUUCAACGCUCGUGUUCGUAGAAGAUUCUACAGGGGACUAAAGAAGAGACCUCUGGUUCUGAUCAAGAAGCUACGCAAGGCGAAAAAAGAAGCGAGUGAUGAGAACAAGAAGAAGCCUGAAGCGGUGAAAACGCAUCUAAGGAACAUGAUCAUUGUCCCUGAGAUGAUUGGAAGUGUUGUCGGAGUUCAUAAUGGCAAGAAAUUUAACGAGAUCGUGAUUAAGCCUGAGAUGAUUGGUCAUUACCUUGCCGAGUUUUCGAUGACUUGCAAGAAGGUUAAUCACUAUCGACCACGUAUUUGUGGUUGUGGCUGUUUCCGUCGGUCCACCCGGUUUAUUCCUCUAAGAUGAUCGAUUAACAAAACUCUGUUUUCAUUAAAAAAUUUAAGAUUAUUGUUCUGUUUUAUCUUCUUCUUUUUUCGGACCAUUUUAUUUGUGCUUUGUAAUUUUCUUCUCUUCUUUAGAAUGUCUCUCUUAAGGCUUUUUUUAAUAAAACCCAACUUUUAAGAAUGCAA